AUGUGGCUCGUCUGGGCCUUUGACAUGCUGAAAACAGGAGCAAGCGAAGGCAGCACGUCCAUGCAGGUCGUCUGGGCCUCUGUCAUGCUCGCCUGGGAUGGGAGAGGAGAGGAUGGGGAGAGGAGAGGAUGGGAGAGGAGAGGAUGGGAGAGGAGAGGAGGGGGAGAGGAGAGGAUGGAAGAGGAGAGGAUGGGGAGAGGAGAGGAUGGGGAGAGGAGAGGAUGGGGAGAGGAGAGGAUGGGGAGAGGAGAGGAUGGGGAGAGGAGAGGAUGGGGAGAGGAGAGGAUGGGGAGAGGAGAGGAUGGGGAGAGGAGAGGAUGGGGAGAGGAGAGGAUGGGAGAGGAGAGGAUGGGGAGAGGAGACGAUGGGGUGAGGAGAGGAUGGGGAGAGGAGAGGAUGGGGAGAGGAGAGGAUGGGGAGAGGAGAGGAUGGGGAGAGGAGAGGAUGGGGAGAGGAGAGGAUGGGGAGAGGAGAGGAUGGGUGAUCGAGGCUAUAGAGGGAAAUAAGGGAGAGGGCGAUCGGGAAGGGAAACAGGGGGAUCUUGUUGAGACGGAAUGGAGUGAGGCGGAAAGGGGUGGGGAGGAGAUGGGGUGGGGCAGACUGGGUUGGGGCGGAAUGGGGUGGGGCGGAAUGGGGUGGGGCGGAAUGGGGUGGGGCGGAAAGGGGUGGGGCGGAAAGGGGUUUGGGCGGAAAGGGGUGGGGCAGAAAUGGUGCCUCCCACGGUGUCGCGGCGCCCCCGACUCAGCACGACGACUCGCCCCCACUCCUCCACCUCGCGUCCACCCCAUCCCUGAGGGCAAGGGAUGGGAUGGGGUUGACGGGGGAGAGGCGGGGAUGGUGACGCGGGGAGGGGCACACAGGGCGGGUUUCCGCAUCAUUUACAGCAACAGCAGCAAGGAUGGGGAGGUGAGGGAUGGGGAGGAGAGGCAUGGGGAGGUGAGGGACGGGGAGAUGCGGCAUGGGGAUGUGAGGGAUGGGGAUGUGAGGGAUGGGGAUGUGAGGGAUGGGGAUGUGAGGGAUGGGGAGGUGAGGGAUGCGGAGGUGAGGGAUGGCUCUGCACCUGGAAAUAAACCGUUGCCCUGUCGUACGCUGCAUGCGCUGACUCUAACUCCAGCCUGA